CUUCGCCAAUCUCGUAUUCAUGCAGCGGCUCGUCGUUGACGCCUUCGUUAUCGUCUUCUUCGGUACUAUCCUCCUUGCGCAUCAAGGAGUCAGCAGUAGGCGCUAUGACUGGAACUGGGCUGGAGCUGGAGCUGGCUGCACGACUUGCCACCGAGUCGCGCCGUUGGCUCAUCACUAUGAAGGCGUUCGACGGGCAGGGCGUACACCUCGGCCGCUUCUGGACCCCAGGUCUCGAAAAGCGGUAUAGACUUGGAACUACUACGUCGCGGAUGACCUUGGUGAUUCUUCAUUUCUUUGCUGCGUCCCUGUCUCUGAUGGGGAAUCGGCAGUCCACAUUGACAUCGCAGUUGCCCAUGCCUCCUAAGCUACGGGCUUCAUGAUCACGGCUACUCUGUACAUAUUCUGAUUCCCUUCGAUCAUCAGUGUUAAUCAAUCUCCCAUUACCGAC